AUGGCGUACUCGGCCCCGAUGCAAAACAAGCUCUCGAGGGCAGGCCGCGAAGCCGGCAUCCAGCUGUACACGGACCUGUACACCGGCGACGAGUACAUGGUGCACAUCUGCAGGAUGCUGCUCAAGUCGGGCGGCCUGGAGCAGCUCGAGCAGAUCAAGCAGCACUGCAGCAGCCGGAUCGGACUCUCGGACUUGAUCAUCACCGCCAACGACCCGAUGUUGCAGCCGGAGACGUACGUCGGCGCGGGCGGCAGGGAGCAUACACGAUUCGUGCCGGUAACGGACUAUGUCGGACGCAGCGUGGCCAUUGGGCUUCCUAUAACCCAGGCCGAGCGGAGCUACGACCUGCUCAACUGUCUUCUGGAACUGGGCUACACGCCGGAGGUGAAGAUGCUCAACAAGGACAGGUGGAGUUUUUGGCAACACAGGUGUCGCGAGCGCCGCAGGGGCAGGGAGUAG